UAUGCAAUAUUGUGACUGUUCUCCCGGAGCAAAAUUUUGCUGGUUACUGUAGCUGAAGUAAAUUCCAAGAAAGUGAUGUUUUGUAAACAAUGAAAUGAUUCAGAUUUUCUUGAGAAAUUUUUCAAAUAAUUUUUAAUAUGGCAGAUGUUCUUUUUUGUCGUUUGUGUGCGUUAAAAAAGGAUAAACUUGUCGGUAUCUAUGAUGAAGAAGGUCAUAAGUUGUGCAUUAAAACCAAAAUAAUCAAAUGUUUACAUUUUGAGAUCUACCAGACAGACUCACUACCAAAAUAUGUGUGUCUCGACUGUUGUUUCAAACUGGAGCAAUUCUCCAUUUUUGUGGAUAGCAGUGCAGAUGCGCAGAACACUCUUUUGCGCAUAUUCCAGGAGGACGCUACCGCUCAUGCGCAUCAUAAAUCCUUGGAAGACGCGCAGACUACUAUCGAACUGGCUGCGUUGAAUUGCGACUCACAGUUUCAGGUCGUGAAAGAUUACGGCAACAGUCAAGAAAUGCAACAGGUGACCGAUGAUCACCAACAAGCCAUGUACCAAGACCAGAUGCAAGGAGGAGUAGUGUUGGGGGAGGAGGACGAUGAUUACGAAGAUGUGGAAGAAGAGGAGGAAGAAGACAUGUGCGAGGAGGAAGAGGAAGAUGAAGAGGGAAUCAGAUUUAACGAUGGAUUAGUGAAGGACGGUGUAAUGGAUAGUAACACUACAAUUGAUAAUACAACUGGAUAUGUUGAGUGUUUAGUACCACAAAAGGAUGGAGAUGGAAUGUCAAACAAACGAAAGAAACACACUCCGGUGAAGUGCUUCAACGGUAUGCAGACUAAAACCGAAAGCCUUGCAAAAGUCGAGGAAAAAGUACUGGAAGUCAUCACGGUGGAAUCUCAGCUGCACGACAAUCAACAACAACAACUCAUCCUGCAACAACACCUGCAACAUCAACAGCUGGAUGACCAGGCCAACAUCAACGAACAACAUUUCAUCAACGGCGAGAGCUACAUUGUCAAAGACAUUGAGAGUCAGCAGCAGCAGCAGGCUCUCGAGAAGCAACAACAGGAGAUCAACUGGGAAAUCAUGACGCUGAGGUGCACCGAAUGUCCUGACGAACUAGCAUCGUUGGAGGCAUUGAGGGAACACCACGCAGUUGUUCAUAAACAAGAGACGCGUUUUCUGUGCACGCAGUGCACCAAAGUGUUCACCAAUCAAGCAACCUUCUUUGCGCACAUCAAACGCCAUAGAAACCUUGAAAAAUACAAUUGCGCAGAAUGCGGCAAGUACUUUUCGACGAAGCGUGUGUUUGAGAUGCAUUCAUCGACGCACUCGAACACACGGCCGUAUGUGUGUCACACAUGUGGCAAGGCGUUUCGUCUGCACAGUGCACUCUUCAUGCAUAGUCGCUGUCACCUGCCCGAGGAGGUCAAGAACAAGUAUGCCUGUGAUCAGUGUGACAAGAGGUUCACGACGAAGCCGAACCUUGUGACGCACAAACGCAUCCAUACUGGAAUCAGGAACUUCACAUGUGACCAGUGUGGCAAGGGCUUCAUUCAGAAGGGAAAUCUGGACGCACAUCUGAUGACACAUUCCCAGGACAAGCCAUUCCACUGUGAUAUUUGUAAUAAAGGAUUCAAGACAACAUUGCACCUGCGCAAACACGCCUCAGUGCACACGGGGGCCAAGCCCUACCAGUGUCAGGAGUGCGGCCGCCAUUUUAGGGAGAGAGGCACCCUGAGGGAGCACCUCCGCAUCCACACCGGAGACAUGCCCUUCACAUGCGAGUACUGUGGCAAGGCGUUCCGCUUCAAGGGCAUUCUCACUACCCACAGACGACAGCACACCGGUGAAAGACCCUACAGUUGUUUUGAGUGUGAACAUCACUUCACCAACUGGCCCAAUUACAACAAGCACAUGAAACGCAGACAUGGCAUCAACCUGAGUCGUGCAACGCGUGUCAAAAUCGACGACACUGUAUCAAACGUGAUACAGAGUGCUCCUGCCCCCACAGCAUCCCCCACCGACUUGCUACGGAGCGCACAAAUCCAGCAGCUGCAACAACCUCUGGUAGCCGAAGAGCAGAAUACACUCUACAAGGAAACCAGUCUACAUCCUGCCGAAGAACAAACUACACUCUACAAGGAAACUAGUCUACAUCCUGCCGAAGAUCUGAGUGACCGUAGUAACCAUUUUUAUAGUCCUGUGAUUGUACCUUCAUCUGUGGUUCCUAUGGCAGCUACAUAUGUUACAACUUCUCAUCACAAUAUGUUAGGGUUUUACAAUUUGACACAAAUACAAACCCUGGACACUAGUGCACCAAUAGAUAUGAUGCAGACACAUCAUAGGUAGAGUAGGUCUCAAAAGAUGAAAGCUAUUUAGACCAUCACUCACUAAGCAUAGUGUAUUUAGUAUCAUUUUCAUACCGGUUUUUGCCAACGUCGCCUGCUUCUUCAUUCUGCCACGCAGGUCCUGUGUCUGGAGAGUUGAGACGGUGAGUGAAAUUUUAGAAAUAUUUCUAGUGCGCGGACCCACAGGCCUGACGCCCACCACGUGACGUGUCGGCUUGUAGUCGCGACUCGGCGUCCAUUCGACCGUCAACACGGCGUUGCUGUUGCCCGCAAUUCUCAUUUCAGUUUCACUCCACUUGAAGCCGUCCGAUUCCGGCGGCAAGUUCAGAAAUUCAAUAUGCAUUUCCUUUCCAUUUGGGUUGACGACGGAAAGUUGUAAUCGUCGGGUAGUGCCAAUAGCAACAUUUUCAAUAGUAAGUAUCGGAUGCGGCUGAAAGGGUGCCAGCACAAGCACUGACUCUGCCACUUCAUCUGGCCGUGCCAACUUCUUUGGGGUUACAUUCACCUCGAAAGCCGCCGAGGCUUUUCGCUUUGCAGCGCUCGCCAUAUUAUUUAUCUUAAAAACCAGUAAGAUAAAUGGUAAAUUAUUGAUUCAAAAAUUGCGCUUUUAGCCUCAGUGAUUCAGUAAUUCAGUAUAAUCAGUCUAUGACCGGCAGUCGCCAGACAGACCUCGUCAAAAUAUAAAACAAUCAACACAAAUAACGAGAGAUGGCCGCAGAUAGGUUGUUUCGUGUGGCUCUGUAGAUGGACUGCCAUAGUAACACAUUAAACAAUCUCAAACUGGUCUACAAGUCCACUGGUCUCAUCAUCUCUCAAUGAGUA